AUGGCAUCCACACCGAAACCCGAAACAACCACACAGGAGCAACAGAAGCCCGAAAAGAGAAGACUUGGUCUACGCCAACGAGUAAAACAUUUUACAUUCGCAUGGUUCCUAUGUACAAUGAGCACGGGGGGCCUCGCGGUCGCUAUUGGAGAGACGCCACAUCAAUUCAAAGGCCAAUACCACAUCUCCCUCGUCCUCUACCUCACCAACUUCUUCUUGUUCCUCCUCUUCACCCUACUAACCCUUUUCCGCUACACCCAACACAAACACCAUUUCCUCUCCGCCUUCUCCUCCCCUCCAGAAUCUCUCUUCGCCCCCGCCUUCAUCCUAUCCAUCUGCGUUCUCAUCGCCGGCGUGCAAUCCCUCGCCAUAACCCACGGUCCGGGUACCCCAUCCCUCAUCUCGCUCGUCUACAUCCUCUACUGGAUCUACGCCGCUAUCUCGCUCGUAGGUGCAACACUACAGUACUGGCUCAUCCUUCGCAAAAACCGCGCGGUGCCGUUCUCACCCGCAGUUUUUCUAGCAGGGUACUCGUGCAUGCUAACGGGUACACUGGCUUCUUUGAUCGUAGCGAGCCAGCCGGCACGGCGCCAUGUCGCCAUCGUGGUGUCCGGUGUUGCGUAUCAGGGGUUCGGGUGGUGUAUUAGUCUCGUAGCUCUCGUCUUGUACAUCUCCUCGCUCCUCGAGCACGGAAUUCCCCCGCUGAGGGCGAGGCCGGCAAUGUUCAUUCCCGUGGGAAGUUGUGCGUAUACAGUUGUUGCCCUAGUGGGAAUGGCGAGGGGUAUCGGCCAGCAGGCGUAUACUGAGGGUUACUUUGCGAGACACACUUUGGCGCCGGAAAUUCUGCACAUCAUGGCGUUUUUCUCGUCGGUGUUUGUCUAUGUGUUUGCGGUUUGGCUAUUUGGUGUUGCGCUGGUUGCGAAUCUGAGUGCAGUGGGCAAGAUGCCGUUCAGUCUGGCGUGGUGGGCGUUCAUCUUUCCCAAUGUAGGGUUUGCGCUUGCGACGAGUGCGCUGGGAAGGGAGCUCGAGAGCGAGCCGAUUCUUUGGAUAGCGAGUGUUAUGACGGCUUUGUUGGUGGUGGUUUGGAUUGUUGCCGCUGCGGCGUGUGUGAGGGCGGUGUGGAAGGGAGAUAUUGUUUGGCCUGGCAAGGACGAAGAUAAGGAUCGUUGA